CAUUUAAAUGUUUACAAAACCCAUACACACACAAUAAAAGGCAAAAAUAAAUAUGUAAUAGAGGUAGUCUUAAAGACAAAUCUUGACCAAGAAGUGUCUCAUUUAAUCUGCACUUCCCACCCCCCAUGUCUUCACCUGUAUGCACAAGAAGACAGACAAGCCUGCAUUGAAUUCUUGAGAAACGUUUUGAAACCGUCUGAAAAAAAAAAAAAAAACAGAUAAUCAAAGAAGUCGUAUAUGCAAAAAAAUACCCCGAAUUCAGCGCAGCGUUUAACUCCUUUCCUGCCCAGCUCGGUGUAAGUUAGAGCUUAGGGUUUAUUGUUUCGUUUUAAAGCGAAAGUAGGCCUACAGCGUAAAGCAGACGUUCAUUAAGAGUAGAGGAGCAGCUCCUCUGAGGCAUGCUCAGAAAGGUGCGCAGGGACUCACAGAUGUUUAAGUUCUCCUGGGUUUUCCUUCGGGUAUAUUUGCAUGAGUCUGAACAUUUGAGCGCUUAUCCAAACAAAGACAAAAAAGGGGAAACAAGGCAAUGGUUUGAUUUGACCGCUGCUCGUUUUCCCACCCUUUAGAUGUUGGAGUUUCUCAAUAGAUUUUGUUUGAUACAAACUAUUUGUCUCUGGGAUUGAAAAAAACAGUUGCGCUGUCACCUGAACCUGCUUCAGUUGAUGCCGAGUCCUAUGACAAUGAGCGUUGACCACCAGUCGGUUGCUACAGCGCCGCUGGAUCUGAGCACCACAGGUCGAGGGCGCAGGAGCGGGGGAGACCUAACCUUCUGCGACGGAGACGCGCGGGCGAGCGGCGGCUCACCUGCGCCUCCCGCGAGCACCGGGACGGACAGUUCAGUGUUGCACCGCUCCCCGGACACGGACAGCACCCAUUCCCGCAAAAGGACAGCGGACGGAUCUCCCAUAAAGAGUCCGUCGACUCUUCCUUUUAGGAAACGGCAUUUUCUUGUCGAAGCGGAGGCGCAGAAGCCGGCUCCACCGGCUGCAGCUGCAGAGGAGCAGACAGUCCGGGAGCCCGCGCGUCCUCGCUUGGGGAAAGCUGAGGAUGAAACCAGGUUCGGGGUUGCGCCGGUGACCCACAGGCGGACCGAUCAGGCAGCUCACAGUCCGGAAGGCUAUCCCUGCUGCAUUUUACCACUUAUUAAUUACGGUCACUACCCAGUGUGCUGCCUAACCCCCUUUCCAGAGCCACACCACCCACAAGUCCACCAGACCGACAACCUGCUGGCAGGAAUCUCUUUGGCCAAACAUCAGGAUGAAGAUGGAGACACUCCUCUCCAUAUAGCUGUGGUUCAAGGGGAAUUGCCAAUAGUCCACAAACUUAUCCAACUGCUGCUGUUGGCUCGUACAGGCCUUGAUAUUUACAACAAUCUCCGACAGACCCCUCUUCAUCUGGCGGUGAUAACCAAGCAAGCAAACAUAGUCGAGGUUUUAUUGAGAGCUGGGGCCGACCCUGCAGUCUUGGACCGCCAUGGCCAAACAGCACUCCAUCUCUGCUGUGAAUAUCAGCAGCUUGACUGCCUGUCUGUACUGCUGUCUUUGUCGUCGUCCUCCCCAUGCCUGGAGAUCAGGAAUUUUGAAGGUCUCAGUCCACUUCAUUUGGCUGUGCUGCAAGGCCAUCAUGAUUUGACCAAAAUGCUGCUGGAUGCAGGAGCUGAUAUCAAUGCAAUGGACAUUAAGAGUGGCCAGAGUCCUCUCAUACAUGCUGUGGAAAGCAAUAAUGCAGAUAUGGUGCACUUCCUUAUUGAGAAUGGAUGUGACGUUAACAGCCAGUCCUACAGCGGGAACACAGCCCUCCACAUCGCAUGUGGCCGAGGUCAGGUGGACACAGUCCGGCUGCUGUUGAAGAGUGGAGCCGACAGCAGCCUAAAGAACUACCACAAUGAUACACCAGUAAUGGUGGCCAAGAAUAAAAAAAUAACAGAUGUGUUACGAGGAAGAGGCUCCAAGAUCAGAUUUCAGGAGCAGCCCUGUGCGUCGAUGUCGCCACAUCAGAGUUGCUACAUGGAAAACGGAUCCCCUUCUUCAAACCACAGUCGAGGAUCUUCACCUCUGAUGACGCCACACAGCCUCAAUCCCAGUGCUUCCCAUUCCCUAAAGACCUCAUCUGCACUCUACUAGUUUAGUGCUGAAUUUCAAGAGGACCUUGCAACUACCUCCUUACAGCUAAGCCUCAAACUCAGGACUUUGGGAAUGGAUUUUCCUCAUGCACGGAAAGACCAGAAGAUAUCAGCAUUAGACUAAACUGUCAAACUGAACACAUCCCAAACGUCACCUCCUCUGACUUUCUAUUGCCCGCCAGACUAUGCAUCUUAAAUCAUACAGCUGCUGUUUUGGACACCUAUCUUGUGAAUAUGAACACAUAAAACUUCUGAGGAAUGCAGCCACAUAAAUAAGGGAUUUCCUCCUUUGCAAAGAAGCACAAACAGAAAUUAAAAACUGAAUGUAAAAAAAAGACUGAAUGUGAAAGACUUUUGUGAAAAAACCUACAUAUAUCUCUCUGCAUUACAUGAAAGAAUGCUUCAUGUAAUCAUGUUUUCUGCCACUUUGCCUUUUAUGUAUGAUGCAUGUCAGCCCAUGGACUGAUAUGGGGAAAUGAGAGGCUUUAAAGGAGAAACAUUUAUUCAAAGUUUAUUUGAAGAUUCCAGUAUUGCUUUUGUGAAUGUUCAUUUAUUACAGACUGCAAAGAAAUAGAAACAUACCAUAUUUAAACAACCUAAAAUAGGAAGUGGUACAUUGUUUGUUUGUUUUUGUAUUACUGUAUGGAAUUUUCUACCAUGUCCAAAGUUACCUGUUUUAGUUUGUACAACAGAUUUUAUUUUGUCGUAAAACAAUUUUCCACCCUGUUGCAUUCAUGAGUUGUAGACCAUUAAGAA